UUCAGAUUCGAAUUUCACAACAGGAAAAUUGUUUUCGCCCUUUUUAUGGAUCUUCCGUCGCUAUUUUAAGACAAGCCAGCAAUAUUUCAAGUGAUUUUUAAGUUUAAAUCAGUAUAUUUUUCAGAGUUUAGCGCAAAAAUGCAGAACCCAAAUGAAGACACUGAAUGGAAUGAUGUUUUACGAGCCAAAGGAAUUAUCCCUCCAAAGAAAGAGAAAGAGGUGACGGAAGAUCAAAUUGUGGAUAUUUUGGAGCAAGCUGUUGCAGAGAAAACCGGAAAUGUCGCGCAAAACAUGAACGCACUGACGUUGGACGAGCUGGACGAACUGGAGGAUGACGAGGACGAAGCUAUCAUCCUCGCAUACAGACAGAAACGAAUCGCUGAAAUCAAGGAGCUGACCCAGAAGUCCAGGUACGGGGACGUCACUGACAUUCGAGCUGAAGACUACGUGCAACAGGUGAACAAGGCUGGCGAAGGCAUUUGGGUUGUGCUCCACCUCUACAAACAAGGAAUUCCGCUGUGUACCUUGGUCAAUCAGCACCUGAACCAACUGGCAGCUAAAUUCCCCACGACCAAAUUCCUGCGGUCUAUUUCGUCGACCUGCAUCCCGAACUACCCCGACAUGAAUCUUCCAACUAUUUUUGUAUACUUUGAGGGUGACCUGAAGAAGCAAUUUAUCGGGCCUAUUGAGCUCAGAGGGAUGAAGCUCACCGUUGAUGAGCUGGAGUGGAUGCUGAAAGAGGCAGGAGCUGUGCCUUCAAAAAUUGAGAAGGACCCCAAGCCGAAAAUCAAGGAUGUGCUCAUGUCACAGUUGCGGGGUGGCCGCGAUGACAGUGACGACGACGAUUACUGAGUACAAACAGUAUUGUUUCUCUCUUGUCAUUUUUUAACUCAUUUUCACUGUAUUUAUUUAUAUUCUGUUGAAUGGUUUUUCUGAUAAAAAUUUAUCUGGAAAGCAAA